AUGGCGCUGAUUUUGACUGAAGAAAUUAUCAGAGAUAGGGUUAAUUUGAUCCACGAAAACCUCGGUAAUGUUAAUUCAUUUUUGAAUUUAAAUGAGGAUGUUAAAGCUUUAUCAUUACCAGGAACUUACCAUGAAAAAUUUGUUGCUCUUGGUAAAUCUUUACGCAAAUUUUCUCGACUGAAAGAACUAGACUUGUCAAGAAAUAAUAUUGAAUCAUUAGAGGUAGAAAUGAUUAGAUAUUAUAAUGGUAUUAGUUCUUUAGAUGAAUUAAAGAGAUUGAAAUAUAACAGUAAUUUACGCGAUAUAGAUCUACGGUUAAAUCCUGUAACCAGAAAUGAACCAGACUAUCGUUUAUAUUUAAUACAUAUGUUACCAAACCUUCAAAAAUUAGAUGAUCGUGGUGUAAGAGAUAGAGAAAGACAAGCUGCUUUAACACAUUUUAGUACUGGUCAAGCUACUGAAAUGACAUAUCAUCCUGUUGUGGAAGAAGAGAUAGAAAGACAGCCUAAUCCAAGAGUAACAGCUAUCAAUAAAUUGACAAAGGGAUCAACAGUUUUAGAUGAUGAUGAUGUAGCUGUAAUAGAUUUAGUAUCAAGAAAUGAUGGUGAUUUAAAUAAACCAAGACCUGUCACAGGGUCUAAUAAUAAACAACCCAAAUCAACAGAUUAUUCCUUAACAUCUUUAACUAAACUAGCUGAUAAAGAAAGUGAUAGAAUAGAUGUUUUACAGAGAGAUAAAAAACAGUCGGCCCAUACUGCAGAUGAAGCAGAAGCAAUGACAAGGUUACGUGAAAAAUAUCCCAACAUACCAGUUGAUGUCUUACAACAUUCACCUCACUAUAACAAUAAUCAACAAGGUCAACAACAACAUAGGCAAGAUGGUUUUGUGAGAUUUCAAGAUGAAGAAGAAGCAUUUACCAAAUAUAAAAGUCAUGGAUAUUUUACAGCAAACCCUCAUCAAGUGAAUGAUUUACCAGAGUCACAACAAACUGUCAUAGAUACAAAACAAGAUGAAGAAAUUUACCCUCAAUUUAAAGAACUUCCAAACUGGACAACACCACUUGAAAGACAACAUGGGGAUAAGCAAAACAAAAGAAAUAAGCAUACAAUAUAUCAAGAUAAUGAGAUAGAGCAAACAUUAGAAGAACUUGGCAUUCCUAAAUAUCAUAAAGGUGAAGCUAGACUGACAGAAACAGAAGAAAGAAUUAAAUUAAAAUUGGAUUCUAAUAAACCUUAUGCAUCAUUUCUAUACCAACUGUUAGACAUUGUAGAUCAUUAUUGGAAUGGUUCAAAAUCUCUACAUAAUCAUGUUAAAUUUAAAGAGCAAGCUUUGACAAUAGUUCAGAAAUAUUUUGGUGAUAACAGACAAAAUGAAUUAGUAUCAGACAAUGUACAGAAACAAAUAGCAAGAUUGAAAGAAGAAAACAGAUUAUUACGUCAACAAAUUGCUGACCAAACACAAUUAAAUCAUCUUUCUUCUGGUGAAGAAAAAAUCAAAAGGUCUUUAAAACAAGCUCAACAUGAUUUGGAAAUCCUCCAAGAAGAAGUUACAAAAUAUGUUGCAGAAAAUAAAAACUUGAAGAUAAAAUUAAAGAAUCAAGAACAACAGAAUGUAGCUUCUAAUCAGUCACAUAUAGAAGAAUUAGAAAGAAAGAAUGAAGCAUUAUCUCACGAAGUAGAAGGUUUAAGAGUUAGGCUAAAGCAAUUUGCUCAACUACAAGAAUUAACUAACAUGUUACAAGAAAGUCAUACAGCAUUAGUUCAAACAAACGAACAUUUAUUAAAAGAAUUAGAAGAUGAACAGCAUAGACAUCGGCAUGAGGUUGAACAACUACAUUGGAGUUACGAUCAAUUGAAAAAAUCUCUAAGCUUCUCUCGUGAUAAAACAAACCUAUCAAGAAGUUAUAAUGGUGAUAAUAGUGAACUGUAG